UUCAGUCACGGCUCCAGCACGCGACGCCGGGUACCAGGCGUAGAGCUAGGGCAUCGGCAGGACCACAGAGGCAGGUAUUCCACGUGCCGCUCACGAGUCGGUAUCCUCCGUGAGCGGCGGUGGUGAUCUAUGGACCUGGGCCAGACCGGACCGGGGGUCACGGCAGUCCCUCAUCCCCGCCCACAGCCUCCCCGGGACUGUGUAAACACGCGCCGGUUAGGAUGUCAGUUCAUCUGCAGCAGACAAAUGCAUCCCCGGGGAAAACGCGAUAGAAAGGACUCCUAUUCAAAGAGCUCUUCAAGUCAAUAAAAGGCUGAUGGAAUAGUAGAAGCGGCUAUGCUAUAGGGGGGCAGUUCGCCAAAAGACAAAUGACGCCCUGGUAGCCGGGCCUGUCCCGCCCAGACCACUGAGAGACGCUUCCAUUUCCGUGGACAGCCCUCCGCGCUCCUGUGCUGGUGGGAGGGAGCCAAACGAUAAACAGAUCCGCGCGCUGUUAUUGAAGACAGUUUGGCCAGAUAAACCUGAAAGUGCUAGGCCUGAUACUUCAGUCCAGCGAGAGCUCCGCCGGGAAUUCACCAAAGUAUACAUCUGCCUAAGUCCAUAACACGGGACGGGGCAGGGGUAGCCACAUUCCCUCUGCCCUUCCCGUGGGGACAGCCAGUAGGUACAAAAACCUCUCCGGGGCUGGAAAGUUGCCCUUGGGAAGAAAGAAGUUAGGGAAGCCAGCCUACGAUCUCCUUCCCUCCCCGCAACCCGCCUAGGGCGCCGGUCCGUGGGUCUGGACCAUCAGAUCCCACGACAGGGCAUGCCACAGCCCGGGGGAGCCGGCGAGCACCAGGCAGGACCCCCAGGACGUGUGGCACUCCCCCGCACCAGCCGCCCCGCAGCCAGCGUCCAGAUCAAGGCCUGGUACUUGACGGAAAGGAGCGGGUUUGUGGAGCGACAACAGCAAAGACCAGACGGACAAAGUGGCCUGCCUGGAGUCACACAGAGGGGAAGGCGGGGUGCGGCCUGGGACAGCACGUAGGGCCGCUGGUCCUCAUCAAGCUUACGGGGUGCUAACGGGGUCGGGAGUUGGGGGGCAAGGAAGGUCCGGGAGGCUUCUUGGACACAGGCAGCGGGCGGGGCCCGGAGUGCGUCCUGGAGGAGUUGGCAGGCGUGGCGCGCGUGACUGGGAGGAUUUGAGGGCUACGUUGUUGUGUCCCCGAAGCGCGCGGGAGUGCAGGAGGCGGGGCGGGCGGCGCCGAGAAACAGCGGCUGCGGGCAGGCGGCGGGAGCCUGGGACGCGGUGCUGGCCGCCACCGCCGAGCAGUCCUCCAGCAGUCGUGCGUCCGACUGUCUGCGCGUCCUCCGCGGGUCGGCGGCGGGUCCCGCGGCCGAGCCCAUGCAGCCGCGCAGCGAGUGCCCGGCCGGCAGGACGCAAAGCCCGGAGAACGGCAGCCCGGAGCCCGGGCCCGACACGCCGCCGCCGCCGCCGCCGCCGCCGCCGCCCCAGCCUCCGGCCCCUGAGCCAGAGCGUUCCCGCGCCCGGCAGGCCCGGCCCACUGCCCCCAUGGAGGGUGCCCUGCAGCUGCUGAGCCGAGAUGGCCACACUGUGUCCCACAACUCCAAGCGGCACUACCACGACGCCUUUGUGGCCAUGAGCCGCAUGCGGCAGCGCGGCCUGCUGUGUGACAUCGUCUUGCAUGUGGCGGCCAAGGAGAUCCGAGCGCACAAAGUGGUGCUGGCCUCCUGCAGCCCCUACUUCCACGCCAUGUUCACAAAUGAGAUGAGUGAGAGCCGCCAGACACACGUGACGUUGCAUGACAUCGACCCCCAGGCUCUGGACCAGCUGGUGCAGUUUGCGUACACGGCCGAGAUUGUGGUGGGCGAAGGCAACGUGCAGACCCUGCUCCCAGCUGCCAGCCUCCUGCAGCUGAAUGGCGUUCGCGACGCCUGUUGCAAGUUCCUACUGAGUCAGCUUGACCCCUCCAACUGUCUGGGCAUCCGGGGCUUCGCUGACACGCACUCAUGCAGCGACCUGCUCAAGGCAGCACACAGGUACGUGCUGCAGCACUUCGUGGACGUGGCCAAGACGGAGGAGUUCAUGCUAUUGCCUCUGAAGCAGGUGCUGGAACUGGUCUCUAGUGACAGCCUGAACGUGCCUUCGGAGGAGGACGUCUACCGGGCUGUCCUGAGCUGGGUCAAGCACGAUGUGGAUGCUCGAAGGCAGCAUGUCCCACGGCUGAUGAAGUGUGUGCGCCUGCCCCUACUGAGCCGGGACUUCCUGCUGGGCCAUGUGGAUGCUGAGAGCCUCGUGAGGCACCACCCUGAUUGCAAGGACCUGCUCAUCGAGGCCCUCAAGUUCCACCUGCUGCCCGAGCAGAGGGGCGUUCUGGGCACUAGCCGCACACGGCCCCGGCGCUGCGAGGGCGCCGGUCCUGUGCUCUUUGCCGUGGGUGGUGGGAGCCUGUUUGCCAUCCAUGGGGACUGUGAAGCCUACGACACACGCGCUGACCGCUGGCACGUGGUGGCCUCUAUGUCCACACGCCGGGCUCGGGUGGGCGUGGCAGCAGUUGGGAACCACCUAUAUGCAGUGGGCGGUUACGAUGGGACUUCAGACCUGGCCACCGUAGAGUCGUACAACCCUGUGACCAACACCUGGCAGCCUGAGGUGUCCAUGGGCACAAGGCGCAGCUGCCUGGGUGUGGCUUCCCUGCAUGGCCUCCUGUAUGCAGCCGGUGGCUACGAUGGGGCCUCCUGCCUCAACAGUGCUGAGCGCUAUGACCCUCUGACCGGAACAUGGACGUCUGUCGCUGCCAUGAGCACCCGGAGGCGAUACGUGCGUGUGGCCAUGCUCGAUGGGCACCUGUUCGCCGUGGGUGGUUAUGACAGCUCAUCGCAUCUGGCCACCGUGGAGAAGUAUGAGCCCCAGGUGAACGCGUGGACGCCGGCGGCCUCCAUGCUGAGCCGACGCAGCUCAGCAGGAGUGGCAGUGCUGGAGGGGGCCAUGUACGUGGCCGGCGGCAAUGACGGCGCCAGCUGCCUUAACUCCGUGGAGAGGUACAGCCCCAAGGCCGGCGCCUGGGAGAGUGUGGCGCCCAUGAACAUCCGAAGGAGCACGCACGACCUCGUGGCCAUGGAUGGAUGGCUCUAUGCUGUUGGGGGCAACGACGGCAGCUCCAGCCUCAACUCCAUCGAGAAGUACAACCCAAGGACCAACAAGUGGGUGGCCGCGUCCUGCAUGUUCACGCGGCGCAGCAGCGUGGGCGUGGCAGUGCUGGAGCUGCUCAACUUCCCCCCGCCGUCGUCGCCCACGCUGUCCGUGUCGUCCACCAGCCUCUGACCUGGCGCGGACUGCCGAGGCCCGCCCUGCAGCCUCCCACAUGCCUUAAGCCCCACGGGCGGG